CAAAGUACUCCAGGCACGGAGUCUGUGAGUGUCAUCCUUCCCGUCACCGUUCGGCGCCUCCUCCUGGCUUCAUUCAUUUAUUCUUUUUUUUUUUUUUUCAUUUACGGAGCUAGUGAGGCCUAGUCGGAAGCCAUGGAGAGCGCGCUCCCAGCAGCAGGCUUCCUGUACUGGGUGGGCGCGGGCACCGUGGCUUACCUGGCCCUGCGCGUCUCGUACUUUCUCUUCACGGCCUUCCGGCUGUGGGGUGUGGGUAACGAGGCGGGGGUCGGCCCGAGGCUCGGUGAAUGGGCAGUUGUCACAGGUAGUACUGAUGGAAUUGGAAAAUCAUAUGCGGAACAGUUAGCAAAGCGUGGGAUGAAGGUUGUUCUGGUCAGCAGAUCACAGGAUAAACUGAAUCAGGUCUCCAGUGAGAUAAGAGAAAAAUUCAAAGUGGAGACGAGGACCAUUGCUGUUGACUUUACAUCAGAAGAUAUUUAUGAUAAAAUUAAGACGGGCCUGGCAGGUCUCGAAAUCGGUGUUUUAGUGAACAACGUGGGAAUGUCCCAUGAAUAUCCCGAAUACUUUUUGGACAUUCCUGAUUUGGACAAUAUGAUCAAGAGACUGCUAAAUGUUAAUGUUCUUUCUGUUUGUAAGAUGACGAGAUUGGUGCUGCCUGGCAUGGUGGAAAGGUCUAAAGGAGUGAUUCUGAACAUCUCCUCUGCCAGUGGCCUGGCCCCCGUUCCACUCCUGACCAUCUAUUCUGCAAGCAAGGCUUUUGUAGAUUUUUUCUCUCGGUGCCUCCAUGAGGAGUAUAGGAGCAAGGGCAUCUUUGUGCAGAGUGUCCUGCCAUACUACGUUGCUACGAAAUUGUCUAAAAUCCGAAAGCCAACUCUGGAUAAGCCCUCUCCAGACACAUUUGUGAAGUCUGCACUUAAUACAGUAGGCCUGACGUCUCGCACCUGUGGAUACCUAGUCCAUUCUCUUGUGGCCUCAUUCACCUCAGUCUUGCCUUCUUGGAUUUACCUUAAAAUAGCCAUGAAUUUGAACAAGGCUGUGCGAGCUAAGUUUUUGAAGAAAAGCAAAAAGAAUUAAGCAUCCAUACCUGCACAAGUAACUUGGCCAGAUGCUCCUGCCCUGCAAGGUGCCCCACCAGUCCCCAAAACAUGGUUGUCAUGUCAACAGUGAACAGAUGUAGUUCAGCACCCUCAUCACUGGGGAGAAAACAAAAGCUGCUCUGAGGAGUUCCUGACAUAAUCUGAUACCACCCAGAAAAAACUUGAAGAGUAACAGUAACGCUCAUAUCAACUAACACUAAUGCAAUCAAGAACUAAUAUUACCAAGAACAACUUCAAGGAGAGAAACACAGUUAGAACAAAUCGCAGAAUGACAAGAGACGGGCAUAAAAUUCAACAGUUUUCAUCUGGUCCAGGAUGCUAGUGAUCAUUAUAUUUGCAUUUUGUCAGAAAUAUAUUAGAAAAUGUAAUGGCUAGGCACUCUUUUUUUUUUUAACACUUUGAUGGGAUGGGGAUUCAUUGAUUCACUUAUGGGCAGACACACUGCAAUUUACGUAGGUCAUAAGAUUUUCUAAAUACAUGAUCAGUUUGUACAUUUAUAUGGAGCUCUUCUUUUUCAAAAGUAGCUGAUGACAUGAAAACAUGUGAAAGAAAAGUUACUUCUCACCAAAAUGUAUGCUUUCUUGUAACAUGCAUUAUUUCUCUUUGAUUUAAAUGUGUAGUACGAUUGAAUUACAAAGGUAAAUGGGCCAAAUGUACAUUGAAAAUGGCAGCUUCCUUUGGUGCCGCUGAAACCCUGAACCAGGAGACGACCAGGAGCUUCUUCAUUUCUGCUUCGCUAAUGCUGCUCACGAAUAUAACAUAGACUGCUUCUGUAAUAGUAGGAGUAUUAGGAUUGGUUCUAAUAAAAAGGAUGUGACAAUGG